GGAAAAGCCAUUCGCUGUCGGGCCUUUCCUUGUUCAAGACUCCUAGUAUGUCUGUUGUGAGUGUUGUUGGGGAUGGGUGAUGUGCCCCUGCUGCUGCAGGGGUCAUGACAAACUGGCAACUUGAAUUUGGAUGACGUGCUGGCCACUCGCCCUGCUCGUUUUCUUUGGUGCUGGCCUGGCCUAGCCUGGUCGGUGAGGAUAUUUGGUGGCUGAUUGGAUAGGGAAAAAGAAAAGAAAAGAUGAUAUAUUUGGUGAUAUGAAUUUGUCGUCCUAACCUGCCUAGCCUGUACCUCUGUCUUCUCACGCAAAGGCCAGCAAUUCCAUUUCUUGAUCAUCCAUGUCGUCGAUGGGUGGUGGUGAGGUUGGGACGCCGAGGGGCCUGGCGCGCUCCUCCUCUGGCGUCUGGUGGAAGCUCGGCGAUGCAGCAGCCGCCUCGGAUGCGUCAUCGGAGGUGGAGCGGCGGCUGCGCGGCAUCGCCGAGGAGGAGGCCGCCGUCAGGGCCCGCGUGGAGAGGCGCCACGCCGCCGCCCCCGCCGUCCGCCGCAGGAUCGCCGCCGCUUCCAUGGGCCUUGAGGCGGUGGCGUUGGUGUACGGCCUGUGGACCGCAGCAAGGAGGCGGGGCAACAGCAGCAGGAGGUUGAAGCUUCUCCAUCUGCUGCCUGCGCUCGCCGUACCCGCCAUGGCCACGCUCGUGCUCGCGGCGUUCGCACGAUUCAGGAGAACGUUGGAUGGGCGGGACCAGCAGCAUCUUGAGCGCCUCCGAACAGAACGCAAGGCAAAGAUUGGCAGCUUCAGGGGAAGCCACCACAACCUGCAAAAGCUCAUCGAGAAGUAUGAUCCCGAUGAUGCCGCUGACAGCAGUAACAACAGCAGCGAUGCUGCUGCUACCAAGAAGAAGCUCAAGAGGACGCACUCGCGGUUGAGCUUCCAUGUCGGAGACGAAUGAUGAACUCAAAAAAUUAUUCCAUCGGUUGUAAUGCAUGCAUGGCUACGAGCACUACUUGUUCGUUCCUCACUUGUAAUCUUCAGCGUGUACGUACGUCCUAUGCGCUUUGUGUUGUGUCAUCAUCUAUCGUCUCUUUGCAUUGUGUAGGAUGGAGUGCAGGAUGGAUAAUGUAAACAUGAUAUAUUAUUGCCAUUCACUAUUCGAACGAAUGAAUGGAUGGAUGUAUACUUGGGGUACA